AUGAGCUCGGCGAAACUGCCCUCAAGGAACUUCCAGCCCUUGAGUUCCUCACCGUUGGCUGACUCUCGGGAAACCCCUAAACAACUGCAGUCGACACUACAUCCUUCAAAAACCGAUGUAUCAAAUGAAACCGGUGGGGCCGAAGAUGAAAUUAGGUCUGAUAGUGAUGAUGAGUUGCUACGAGACCUGAAUAUACCUGCCACGCUCCUUGACAAACUCAAGACGUUUCCUUUGUUCAGAGACGCUCCCAAAUCCUUUCAUGCAAAAGUUGGUUCGAAACUCAAACUCGUUCAAUAUCAUGCUCAAGAAUAUAUCAUUAAGGAAGGAGAUCCUGCAUUAUCCAUGUUUUGGAUUUUAAAGGGCACUGUAGGUGUCACAUCCACCGACGGUGAGUCGGUGUACGCUGAAUUGAAGCCUGGAUCUUUUUUCGGAGAGAUUGGAAUUCUAUUCAAACGGCCUAGAACUGCAACUGUUGUUGCUCGUGGAAGAGUCUUGGUCGGUGUUCUCACUGCCGACUCGUUGAAUGAUGUUCUAAGAUCGUACCCUGUAAUGGAACGCCGUAUUCGUGAUGAGGCCCAAGAGCGUCUCGCCAUGCAAGAGAAAAAGAACAGAGCUGAUAUACCAAUAAUUAAGGUAAGCAAGAAGCUUUCUCCUGCGAACUGGGUUGAGAAUCGCCUACCGCCGCUACCAGCAGUUCCUCGGAUGAUCCUGCCCUCUGGACUACUGCCUUUGUCCCAGCUAGUGCACAAUUCAAGCAGUAACUCGAAAGUUCAUCUCGCCCAAGCCGACAAUGUCGACCAGACUGUGUCUAUACAAGAUUUUAUUACUUCCGUGCCCAUCUUCAGCAAACUACCCUCGCGAAUCAUUCAUAGAUUAGCCUUGGGUGUAGAGCCUCUCACAUUUAAUGCCUAUGAAAUGAUUGUCCGUAAAGACACAAAGGGAUCGGAUAUUUAUUUCAUAACAUGGGGAACGGUGGAAGUCAUUGACUAUCAGGAUAAGUCUGAGGUGAUAUUAGCCCAUCUUAAACCUGGAUCAUUCUUUGGAGAAAUGUCAUUUUUGGAAUUCAUCCAAGGCACUGCUGAUCCAAUCAGGAGCGCAAGCAUUAGAUCGGUAACCUCUGUUGAGUUGUUGGUUAUUCGUACAGAUUCUUUGCAAGCUGUCUGCCAACAAUACCCAAAUAUUGUAGCUGAAAUGCGUAAAACAGCCAAUGAGCGCAAAACCUCAAAUCAAAACGCACUGACAGCUCAAUCUGAACCUCCAUAUUUGAUUCAAUUCCAAAAACCCGAUUUUUCAAAGCCAUCAGAGCCCCUCUCUCGCCCUGUUCUGCCCUCAUUCAAUUCAAACAACCAGCAUGGAGAUCUGACCGGGCCAAACUCCAUAUUCAAUCCCAAUUGGAAUUUCGGUUCUAACGAUCUAAAUCUGCCGGGAAGCAGAGCAUCCUCACAUACCAUUUCUCGAUCGGUGUCUCCAGUGUCCAACACGGAAAGCGAGAUUCUGUGGGCAACAAAAACUGCCAGAACUCUGGCGUUUUCAACAGAGGAUCCAAUGAAAUCUAGAAAAAGAAAAUCCAUUUCAGACUUCAGCUUGUCUCAAAUGCAUUUACCCCAAGGCCCAAUUGACUUCACUGUCCCCCCUGAGCAUCAACCCAACAGUCUAAGACGAUUUCUGGCAAUUCCGAGCCGCAGACAAUCUUUUCAAUACAUCCCACACAACAAGCGUAUAAGAUUGAUGGAGAUGGCUGGUAGGCGAAGAUCUUCUAUCUUGUCUAGCACAGGUUCGAUACCAGACAGUAUUCUCCUCAAAGUAUUUGAGUUCCUUACUCUUCCGGAAUUGAUGAAAUUUCGGGGGAUUUGUCGACGUUGGAGGCAACUCUUAUAUGUUGCCCCUAAUUUAUUUAAGACACUUGAUCUUACGCCUUGGAACACUUCUGUUGAUGACCAAGCCUUGAUUCGGAUUACUGAUUUUGUUGGUUCAAGACCAAAGUACAUUGACAUUUCGAAUUGCUUCCAUGUUACAAAUGAAGGUUUCAGUUACAUGGUGAAUGAAAUAGGCAUGUCUGGUCGCAUAAAAAUGCUCAAAAUGCGUUGUCUUUGGGAAGUCAGUGCAAUGGCAAUCAUGGACUUAACCUCACCCUCAGUUGGCAGAUACUUGGAGGAAGUUGAUUUAUCAAACUGUAGAAAGGUUGAAGAUGUUGUAAUAGAGCGUCUCAUUGGUUGGAGCAAUGAAGGCUCGACCCAUCUAGAUCAUCCACAUGGUUCUGAAGGUAUCUCUAGUAAUGAGACUGGCUCUCGCAAUCUUAGAGUCCUCAACCUCGGAUAUUGCAAACAUUUGACAGAUCACACCAUGUAUCACCUUUCCAAGCAUGCCAAUGAGAGCUUAGAGAGUCUAGAUCUCACCCGUUGUACGACCAUCUCUGAUGCUGGGUUUCAAUACUGGUCACAACACUCAUUUCCCAACUUGAAGAAACUCUCGUUGAAAGACUGUACUUUCCUUACAGACCAAGCGAUCAUUUCUCUCGCUAAUGCUGCUCCCAAUUUGGAAAUACUAGAUCUUAAUUUUUGUUGCGCUUUGCUGGAUGUUGCAAUUGAAGUGCUUUGUCUUGGCUGCCCUAAGUUGAGAGAGCUCGAUCUAUCAUUCUGUGGAUCAGCUGUUAGCGACUCGUCGCUUGUUGCAAUUUCGAUUCAUCUAUUCAAUUUGGAAAGACUUUACGUUAAAGGCUGCAUUCGUGUAACAAGAGCAGGAGUUGAUGCGCUUCUUAGUGGGUACUGUCCUCUCACUUACAUAAAUAUCAGCCAGUGCAGAAAUGCCCAUAUGUAUCCUGGCCGGAUACCAGCUCAGAAACUUGAGGUAAAUCCAUCAACAAAAUCAGCUUAUAUCACAGCUGGUCCUGCCCAAAAAAUUAUCGAAUUGGUGAUUUAA